GCUAAUCAUUUCUUGUGUUUGUGGAUGGACGCCCUACUAGCGCUCAAGUCAAGUAGCCAAGCAACAGCUUGUUCUGUGUUGAAACUUAAAAGGGGAACUUAGUAGUUUUGACGAUAACGUCUCUCGAAAUGUCUCUGUACCUUGCGUGUACGCUGCUAGCGCCAUGUAUCACCAAGCUUUUCCUCUUUGUAUUUUUGCAUGGGGGAGAAAAUGUUGUUAUGAGGGCACACUUGUUACCUGAUACGUUCCCUAGAUUGGACGAGGUCUAAAUAAUUAAUACGUGUGGUUUCGAGCACUGCGCAGUUGCUUUUACAUAGCAUGCUUUUACAAUGCAGUGAGAAUUAGCGAUGCCGGUAGUUAUCAGGGGAGAGGUUGCACUGGGCCGAGGAUUGUGGUUAGGUUGUUUUGUGGUGCUUCUAUAACUGCAAAGACAGAAAUGAUUUCUUAUGAAACAAAGCCACUGCUUUCUUAUUGCUGGUUACAGGGUAACUGUACAUCUCUUUAGUAUUUUUGCUGACUGGGCAGUCACUACCUGGAGAAAUUCCUUCCUUGAUCUGUGGGUUAAAUUAUCGAUGUGUUGACAUAUGUUGACCGGCGUCUUGGACGACUGCUUCUGCGACAUCGAGAGCAUCGAUGUCUUCAACAACUUCAAGAUUUACCCGAGCAUCCAGAAACUGCUGGAGAGAGACUACUUCAGAUACUAUAGGGUGAACCUGAAGAGACCCUGUCCCUUUUGGCCAGAUGAUGGCCAAUGCGCCAUCAAGGACUGCCAGGUGGAGCCCUGCCCAGAGAGCAAAAUCCCUGUGGGAAUAAAAGCUGGCAACUAUAAUAAAUAUUCCCAGGCGGCCAACUCCGUGUCGGAGCUGGAGGAGUGUGAACAGGUCCACGAGCUGGGAGCCAUCAACAACACGCUGAGUAACCAGAGCAAGCAGGCCUUCGCCGACUGGGCCCGGCACGACGACGCUCAGGACCACUUCUGCGAGCUGGACGACGAAACGUCUCCAGACUCCGAGUACGUGGACCUGCUGCUGAACCCGGAGCGCUACACCGGGUACAAGGGCCCGUCCGCCUGGAGGGUGUGGAACAGCAUCUACGAGGAGAACUGCUUCAAGCCCAGGUCAGUGUAUCGACCCUUGAACCCCCUGGCACCCAGCAGAGGAGAUGAUGAUGGUGAAGGCUUUUACAACUGGCUGGAAGGGCUCUGUCUGGAGAAGAGGGUGUUCUACAGACUGAUCUCCGGCCUGCACAGCAGCAUCAACAUCCACCUGUGUGCAGCGUACCUGCUGGACGAGGGCUGGGGUCGCGCGGUGUGGGGCCCGAACGUGCGGGAGUUCCGCACCCGCUUCGACCCGGCCGAGACCAAGGGGGAGGGCACGCGGCGGCUGAAGAACCUGUACUUCCUGUACCUGAUCGAGCUGCGGGCGCUGUCCAAGGUGGCGCCCUACUUCGAGCGCACCAUCGUCAACCUGUACACCGGCAGGGCCCAGGAGGAUGCUGCCACCAAGGAGCUGCUGCUCCGCAUCUUCAACGCCGCCAAGGCCUUCCCAAUGCACUUUGACGAGAAGUCCAUGUUCGCCGGACAGAAGAUAGAGGCCAAGACAUUAAAGGAGGAGUUCAGGCUGCACUUCAAAAACAUCUCGCGCAUCAUGGACUGUGUGGGCUGCAGCAAGUGCCGCCUGUGGGGGAAACUGCAGACUCAAGGCCUGGGCACCGCUCUCAAGAUCUUAUUUUCGGAGAAGGAGAUAAAGAACCUUCCGGAGAACAGCCCGUCCAAAGGUUUCCAGCUGACGCGGCAGGAGAUCGUGGCGCUCCUCAACGCUUUCGGGAGGCUCUCCACUAGCAUUAAGGAGGUGCACAAUUUCAGAACUCUGCUGAACGAUGGCAGGUAACGAACACCCCCGGCCAGUAGGGGGCAGCAGCGACCCGGAGGACUCUGCGAUAGUCUUAUCCUGCCCGAGAAUAAGGCCGCUGUUUCAGGGACUACAGGAUCAAGGCCCAGAAGAAGAGAAAAAUAACAAACAUAAAAGAAAAAAAAUUAAGUGAAACAGACUCGGAUGAAAUCUCCUCCUUGCCCGUUCCAUGUCCAGCUGCCCAACGAUUCCACCAAUCAGACGGCCUAGACUGCUACGUAGACCCACAUAAGGAUUCUUCUUUAACUCCUGAACCGUCUUGGCUCGGGACGCUGUUGGGACUGUUUGGGCCCUCGCCCCCCCUAACCGUGCGCACCCCCGCCCCAUUCGAGGGGUGCAGUACAGAGUGGGAGAGGCACCGCUUCAUUUUGGCACUCUGCAUCUCCCUCUUUAGGAAACUGGUUGUGAUCUGAUGCUUAUCUGUUUCCCCAAACCGGCUUAUGUCUGUAUGACUGUCUCUCUGUGCACACGUUUGCGUCUUUGUGAACGAGUGUGACACGAGUGUGUGUGCCUGUGUGUGUGUGUGUGUGUGUAUGCCUGCGCGCGCGUGUAUGUGUGAGUGUGUGUGUUUGAAUUUGCGUUUUGCAGAAUUGCAUGUAUUAACUUGGGCUGGGCUUAGGCUGGUCUUCUGAAAGUAAAAGAAACCUCUUGCCAACUUUCUGCAUCCCAGAUAUUUACAAUUUUAUUUUUGUGUGGUCUUGCUGUACGGGGGGGUCAGUCUAAUUUGAACUGUCUCCCUGUCAGUGAUAUUAGCACAUGGAUAAUGGUGUGUAAUUUCACACAUGCAUCGAUGGGAGAAAAGCUGAGAGAUAAACAGCACUGGGAGAGUGGCUUAGGGACAUGUAGAUCGCAGGUCUACAACGUUCCUUUCCUUGCAUUAUAGUAUUUUGCACCUGUAUUUAUUCUGACAAAAUGUUGGUGAAUUUAUUUUCGUUUUUUUACAGCGUGGGACCAGAGCGUGUGAAGCAGAGAAAGAAUGUACCCUCCCCUUGAAACGUGGCGAUUAUAACGAGCGUAGACGAUCUCUCAUUUUUCCAAACGGUCAACGCGACUUAGGGUGAUUCAUUAUCAUGGGAAUAUGGGUGCUUUUCUCACAGGAGUCCAUUUUGUCUUCAGAAAUACGCUUUGUGUGGCUGUGUAGGGGAAUUUACGCUGUACAGAAAUGUACAGGAUUUGUUUUUUUUGAAUUGCAGGGAGAAAUAGGAAUUUUGAAUUGCAGCUCAGAACUGUUGGGGGUUGUCACGACCGAAUCAUGACUGUAGGACUUUCUGCCAAACCUUUCUUGCAGUGGCCGUGUCCUGAAUUUCAAUUGGAAUAUACUGGAAAUAUAUUGGAACUAUCAAGUAAAUAUGCCGUCAAGGUAUUGCAACACUUCACAAUAUAUGAGCACAUUUGUAAACUAUUGCCACCUUCAGAGAUUGCAAUAUAUUAAAAUUCUGUGAAAUGUAUUGCUAUGCUUUCAACAAGUCUACGACUUUUUCAGCAUAUACUGUAUAUUUUGUUUUCAUGAGGGUAACAUUGGCGGUUAAAGGUCUGUUGGGAGCGGGUGUGUGUGUCCGUGUUCGAGCGGGUGUGUGUGUCCGUGUUCGGAGAACCGUCCAUCGCCGAUGCUGCUUCAGUGUCGGCCAUGUUGCUAACGAGCAGUGUAGCGUGCGCUCGUCGUCGUAACGACGGGAACAGCCCCCGCCACGAAGACGUGCGAAGCUUAACAUCCGCACGUCGAGCACACCGCUAAACCAGCCAAAGCAGAAGUUAUCGCGCGUGCUCCUACAGCAGAUUUUUUUGUCUUUUUAAUUUUAUUUUUUUAUUUAAUUUUUGACAAAGCUUGGCAUUUUUAGAAAUCUGUGACAGAAUUCAUCAUUUGCACCUGCAGCACAGAACCUGAGGCCGCGUUUAACGCGAAAAGGAUGCACGCGACAGUGUAUCAGUCUGAUGCCAAAGAAAGAAACGCAGGAGUAUAUUUUCUUUUGCCAGAAUACAGUGUGAGCCCCCCCCCCCCCCCUUUAGCUCCUGUGUGGCACAAAAUCAACUUUGACGUGACCUCCUGAGGUAAUAGUUUUAAUUCUCUUGUUUUGGAUUUUUUUUUUUGUCACAUGACCAGCCGGCGUUUAGCUGUAGCAAUACUUGAAGCUCCAAGCGGUGCUGUGGCGCGGUCUGACGUUAGCGGUAAACGCGUCUGCGCUGGUCAGAAGCCGACCUUUCGGUGACGUGUAUCCUGUGGGGUCUCCUGUGGGUCAUUUUAACCCCUUCAUUUCUGAGCCUUUCUGCUCUUGGGGUAAUACUGUUCCCUGCUGCAGGGCUAAUGCUACACCCUGCUCUUGGGUUAAUACUGUUCCCUGCCCCAGGGCUAAUGCUACACCCUGCUCUUGGGUUAAUACUGUUCCCUGCCCCAGGGCUAAUGCUACACCCUGCUCUUGGGUUAAUACUGUUCCCUGCCCCAGGGCUAAUGCUACACCCUGCUCUUGGGUUAAUACUGUUCCCUGCUACAUGACUAAUGGUACACCCUGCCCCAGGGCUAAUGCUACACCCUUACCUUGGUUCUCCUCCAUUUCAGCCUGUAAACACAGGCACCUAGACCAGUUCACUGAAAAAUCAAAAACCUGGAAAUGUUUGGCAAGGACGAGCAGUGCCCGACAGGCAUUUGUACGUGAUGUUGGCCUGUCCAGCCAGGCAUGUGACCAUAGGUUUUUUUGGGUUUUUUUUUUUCCAAAGUAUGCCUCCCCCAACUUUCUUUGAAAAAUUUUUCAGUGCGUGGAUACUAGACUUGGCAUUGGAUCCAUCUAGAUUUGGACAACUCUGUAAAUUUAAUUUCAGUUCAUUUCAAGAACUGAAAAACGGACCGUAAAGUUUUGCAUGGAUUUUUUUCAAGUGACAAAUUCUAAUUUCAGUUGGUUUCAGUGAAUUGACCAACCUCGGAUGUAAUUGACCCCUAACUGGGGUGCACAUUUUCACGCAGAUACGCAUUUGCGAGCACGUGCGGUGUACACGCGUGUUUCCACGUGUUGAAUAAUUGCGCGUUGUUGCCUCUUAAAAUGAUACGCCGUUUGCUUUAGCAGAAAUUGAGGGAAAGGGGCGGAGCCAAAAAUGUGUAGGGGGAGGGGUUUAGAAGCAGCCCUUUGGUUGGCCUUCUCUUGCCUUGGUGUGAGCUGCAUGACUUUCAAAAGCACCAGAACUUUCCGUGCAAUCCACUGUCUGCCUUAAUAUUUCAUAAAUGAUGGAAAAGGAAAAAAAUUAAAAGUUUAAAAAAAUAAAUUAAAAUUCUGAAGCUUGCACUCAUUGACUAAACUGAUCGCCUCCAGUAGUCUGCUUUAUGGUGUUUGACUAUCUGCCUUUUGACAUAUUCUGCAAACUGACAAGAUCUUGUACCAUUUGUUAAAGAAGGAAAUUCAGAUUUUUUUUUCUUUCUCAAAAUACCUAUAGUUGCACCUAUAUUGUUGUGUACUUGAGUAUAUUUAUUUGAAAGGAGGAAUAAAACAUUUCUGUUUAUCAUUUGCA